UUUUUAUCUAUGAAAAAUUGUCCGUGGCCGUGUCUGGGAGAAAACCAACACUUCCCUGGUAACGGGCCGCCUGCUUUCGCGCUACGGUCGUUCAACGUUAGUCGAGAUGAAAACGCAUCCAUUCGUUUGUAUUUUCGUAAACCUUGUCCGUGGUUCACUUCAGAGAACCUACUAACUUCAUGCUAUAUGAUGCUAAACAAAGAAUAAAUUUCGUCCGUAAAUGGACCAAGCAUAUUUCAACGCAACGUUUGUGACUGGCAAAAGAUGUUUUCUCACUACAGGGUCCCUUGAUGUUUAAUGUAAUUUAAAUGCGUUUCGUAAUUAAUGUGCCGUGCGCGCAAAAUUUAGUGCUUUGUAAAAACCUUUCAUUUUAUAACGAUGGCAUCAGCUGGGUCUUCAACAACUGCCUCCAAUAGAAGACAGUAUUGUGCAGACGUAUUUCUACGGGCAUGGUUGUGUGCAAAGUCUCCUUUACCAGUUACAGAAAUGAAGAAAGAACUUGAUUUACUAGGAAAUUCAAUAGCAAUGAAUGAGAUUUUGAAAGCGGGUAGUCUCAAUGAGUUUAUUGCCAGGGUUCCCGACCUAACUAUCAGAGAAGGUUAUGUAGUGCCCGCUCCAGUAAGUAGCUCAACAAAACCAUUAGAACGAUGUUUAUUUGCCCAGAUGGACAAGUUCACAAAUGUUGAUUUAACAGCUAUCAACCGUACGCUAGCUGGGGUACAGUUGCAAGCAAAGAGUGGAGAUAUAGUCAGCGCCUUACGGAAACGAGAACAACUAGAAGAACUUCGAAGUGAAUGCCGUCGAAAAAGAGCUGCUCUAGAUCAAAGGAAGCAACAAUUGGUGGAGCUCAAAUCUGUGUCCAGUUCUGAAGACAAAAAGAAGAGGUUUGACGAACUUAUUCAGCACCGUAAUAAAUUGCGAGACCAAGUCGAUGAAAAGAAAGGCGUGUUAGAAAAAAAAAAUGACUUGGAUGUCCUUUCGUGCAAUAUGGAUAAACGUAUCGGGGAUAAGGAGCGUCAGCUGAACCGACUAACUUUGGAUAUCAAACGAGUUGAAGAGCAGCUUGUGAUAAUGGCGCGAGACGGUUUCUCAGAGGCGAAACAACUAGAGAAAGAAAUAAAUGAAAAUCUUAACCAGCAUGAUACUGAUAGAGAUCGUACAAUGAAUGUUUUAGACGUUAUUAUCCAGGAGAAGUGUGGCCACUCAAAAGCCGUUUUAGAACUUCAAAUUGCCGCUAUCGAAAGGUUAAUUGCAAAAAGUAACGAGGAAGAUUCGGAAAAACAUCAAAACAAUUUGCGUCAACAGUUUCAAGAUUAUCGAAACAAACUGACUCUAUUAAAUACUACGGAGGACGAUUUGCGUCGGAAACUACGUGAGAGACAAGCGGACCUUACCGAAGUUCUCCAGUUGCCUGUGGUUGAAAUUAAACAUCUUAUUCGAGAUACGAAUCAGCCAAUAGCAGCAACAGGACAAGCCAUUGUUAGGCGUCCUGUGAUAAUUGAGUCACUUGUACAAGAUGAACUACCCUGUGAUCUUAGCCAGGCGGAUGAUGACAGUAACCAGCAGGCAUUAAACAUCGACGAUAACAGAUGCACUAUCUGCCUUCACGACUUCAAAUCAGAAGUGUCAGAAGCACUUGCUUGCUCACAUAGUUUUCAUAGUUCGUGUCUAAAUACUAUGCGCUCAUUUGGCCAGGACUUAUGCCCUCUUUGUCGACGCUACGAACCACCGUCCGCAAAAUUUCCCUCUUUGACAGACUCUAAUACUUAAAAAGGAUCAAAUUCUUCAUAAAGAUUAUAUAUGAUAUCAAUAUUGUAUAGAAAGGAAGUGCAAAAAAGGCUGGGAAUAAAUACACACGGGUGGAUGUUGAUCUUCGCUAAGCAUACUGGAGUUGUCGAUAUAUAGCUGAAUUUAUUUACAUAUAAAUGUACACUUUACAAACCACGUUGUUGUCAUCCGCGUUCAUUAUAUUUUUAUUAUUUUUUAAUUAUUUUUUUUAUUGUCGAUGUUACUGAAUCUAUUAUGUCAUAGUCCAAUGGGGACUUCACUAGCUCAUAGAUAUUCGCAACUACGCUAGCGUUCAUAUGCAAUGUAUAAGCUACAACUCGGCCGACAAUUAGCCGUCCUUAUUUGCUUCGCUCUGACUACAAUGCUCGCAACCAGGCGAUGCGCAACAAGACAGAGUCACCCAUGCUGAGCACUUAUCUCUUCAAAAAAUAGGGUCGUUGGAUCUUCUGUUUGAACUUGUUAAGGACCCCAACCGCAAACCUUGGGUAAGUCUUCCUCUUAUAAGCGAAAAAAACUCACAAACGUUUCAACAAUUGGCUCCUUCAUCGAGUCGACUUUCAUAUGUUAUUAUAUAUCUGAUAGCUUGCCGGUUUAGAUUUUGUUGCGACAUCAUCGUGUGUGAACGAACGUAAUGCAUCCUCACGCUGUUAAGGAGGUUAUUUCAAAACUGUGAGGAAAUGCGGAAUAAAUACAGGAAAUAUCAUCGGGAAAUUAACACCUGUGUCAUUUGCUGCUUGGCCAUCCAUAGAGCAACAGCAGGCAAAAGCGAUUAUCCGACAUUGAAAAGCUUGUUGUCAGUUCUCCCUUUCCUUUUCACCCGGAAUCUCUUCCCCUUUCAAUCUUCUCACGCUUGGCUCUUUCCGUUCGUUACGUUUUACUUAUCAAUAAUGUGCUUAGCUUAUUGUUGUGUAGAAAUAUUUCGACUUUUUGCCAUCACACUAGACGACUGCUGUCACCUUAACUUCAAAUAACAUCUUUGUCCUUUUCAUGAUUGCGAAGCUCGUGACGAUUUCUUUGACAAUUCUAUCCAGUACUUUUCAACUUUUUCCCAUCCAACUUUUCACCAGUGCUAAUUGACAUCUUGUUGAUGUAAAGGUAUUGCAAUAAUUCCACGCAUGGGCGAACAUGCACAUGAAGUUGGUUAUGAUCUAGCUUUUUAACAAGUCGAACCUUAGUUGCCAAGUUAUCGAUUAGAUCUAAAGGGUUAGCAUGAAUUUGGCGCCAUACGUUACAUCGUCUUAAAUAUUGCGGUCUUUCGUAUUUCGUCUUUACUACUACAUUUCAAGACGCGUCAAAUGUCGACUAUAGAAGCAUCAUUACAUCGUUGUUUUUCAUUCGAAAUGAGCAUUUGGUACUUUGCUACGCCCUAGAACGCCUCUUCACUGCGACUUCGGCUACUACUGCUAUAACAAUAUUAGACCAAUAUUAGUAAGCAUUAUUAUUAUAAGGAACGCUUUCCAUGAGGUACUGAGCUUCGUCGGUUCCAUACAUUUCAAUCAAUCUUUUUCUUGCUGACUUCAUGUCGAACACCGACUUCGAACGCCUUUUUAAUAACAAAGCUUUCAAAUCUCGAGUUAUAAUGGUUGCACAUACUAUAUUAUGUUAAACAUCUCUAACAUGUAGUCACUAGAUUUAAUACCAUUGCUAGUAUACUACGAAGAAAGUUACGAGUAUGAAUAAAAAAUCUUUUUUUUUUCAAUAUGCUACAAAGCCGUAUCUCGCAGUGCCUUCUGGAACGCUUCGGCAAAACACAACAGGGCAGGAAUAAUUAAUGCUGAUUGGAAUCAUUUCAUUACAAAAGGGAUAUAUGGCGCUCAACUAAGGCAUAUGCUAAACAUUGAAUCUCAAUCAAUUUUCUUUCAUUUUAAUUGGUCCUUCCUAUUAUACGAGAAAUUCGCAAGACGACGGGGACGUUUGUAUCGAUGCCCUUUCGCAGAUCUUUGGAUCAUAUCACUGAAUGGCGUGCGUCAUGACAACUCUUAUCUAGUAGAAACAAUAAAUGAAACACGUUGCUCCUUUUCAUUCCUUCCUGUGUUUAUCACACGUAGUGUCGAUACAUGCUGAACACCAGCGAACGAUUUAGUUCGGAUGAUAUCACUCGAUACGCGUAAGAGCUGUAAAUGUUCUCAAGCGAUACCCGGCUGCUAGAAUAGAUUAUCAGCGAUA